CGUCAUAUGCGUCAUUAAUGUGCGACUGUUUUCGGUCAGAUGCCUUCAGUCGUAAACGGUCGAAGGGCAUUAGUGGUAUACAAAUAUUGAAAGUGCUUCAGGUUUAUUCAUCACUUAAGUUUUUGUUUGUUUUUCAUUUGAAACAGUAAACGACGAGCUUCUCGGUGCUACCCGGUGUCCACAGUAACGCCACAUUUGAACAGCCAGGAUUAUCCAGAGAGCAAAACUCUGCGAAGGAGAAACAUAUUUGUUGAAGAGAUUUUAUCGGACAGACCCUCCACUUCUUCUGUUUUUGCUCCUCUAACAGUUUGGAUCAGCUUCCAUGGAUGUGGCAGAUUCCUGAGCAGGAAGGAUGACAUCAGAGGCUGUGGUCUCCACAUCUCCUGCUAUAGGCAGCAGCAGCACCCCUGCUAAGAGGGACUACCAUUUUAUUCGCUCCUUUGUAGCUGGAGGUGUUGCAGGAUGCUGUGCCAAGUGUACCAUUGCUCCUCUGGACAGAAUAAAAAUUCUCCUUCAAGCCCAGAACCCCCAUUACAAACAUCUCGGAGUGUUUGCCACUCUCAGAGCUGUGCCAAAGAAAGAAGGCUUCCUUGGCUUAUACAAGGGUAAUGGGGCCAUGAUGGUCAGGAUAUUUCCCUAUGGAGCCAUCCAGUUCAUGGCCUUUGACAAGUAUAAAAAGCUGCUAAGUAAACAGAUCGGGAUCUCUGGACACAUCCACCGCCUCGUGGCAGGAUCUAUGGCAGGGAUGAGUGCGGUGAUAUGCACCUACCCUCUGGAUGUGAUCCGAGCCAGACUGGCCUUCCAGGUGACAGGAGACCAUCGCUACACUGGAAUUGCCAAUGCCUUCUACACCAUCUACCUUAAGGAGGGGGGCGUGUUGGGCUUCUACAGGGGACUUACUCCAACACUUAUUGGAAUGGCCCCUUAUGCAGGUUUCUCGUUCUUCACCUUUGGCACCCUGAAGAGCCUCGGCUUGAAACAUUUCCCUGAGAUGCUGGGACGCCCCUCCUCAGACAACCCUGAUGUCCUCAUUCUGAAAACGCACGUUAACUUGCUCUGUGGAGGUGUUGCCGGUGCCAUCGCUCAGACAAUAUCGUAUCCCUUGGAUGUGGCCAGGAGAAGAAUGCAGUUAGGAACCGUGCUUCCUGACUCUGAGAAAUGUGUAUCCCUGAGCAAGACGCUGAAGUAUGUGUACAAAGAGUAUGGGGUCAAGAAGGGAUUGUACCGAGGCCUUUCUCUCAACUACAUCCGCUGUGUUCCCUCCCAGGCCGUGGCCUUUACCACCUAUGAGUUCAUGAAGCAGACCCUCCACCUGAACUAGCCCCUGUUUUUAUACUUCCUGAGUCUGCACCUGGGUCUGUACGCUCCGAGGCAUUAAGCAUAUCGUCGUGCUUCCAUCGUACAGUGAUCCGAGGUCACUCGCCACGUCUUAAAUCGCCUUUUCCUUGAGUUCACUGAAGGCACCAGGGAAGUCCGUUAUCGCUGAAAAAAGAAACUGGAUAUCUGUUUCUUUUAAUUCCCUCUUACUUCCUGCUAAUGUGAGUCGCCACUUCUUAGGAGAAGGUUUAGGUUCAGCUGCUCGGGGGCAAUGAUAUGCUCUUUAACAAUGUUGUUGGCAACACCACAACAACCCUCUGAGUGUGUAGAAGCUCCCUCAUUCACACAAACGUCCUCUCACUUGGUUUUAACAUGGACACGAGCUUAAAAUGAUCAAAUUAUUAUCAGUUUCUUUGUAAUGUGUUUCUUAACUAAGAAGGGAACUUUUCCAUAUGCAUUUAUUUGAAUAAUACAUCACCCCUAUACUUAACACCCCUUACGAGUUUUAAAAAUAAUCUGAUGAUUUAUAAUGUGUUGUU